AUGAUAGGUAACAAAUUAACGCCAAAACCUACGUUGCAAGUUACAACACCGUCGGCCGUGAAGGUCGUGCCGACCGGGACGAAACCCGUUGUGAAGGGCUUCGAUUUGAGCGGUGUAGAAAACGCAGAUUUACUGAGCCCGCGUUGCGGAAGCCCGUCUUCCAACCGGAAUAGCCCUGAGACCAAACGCAAAGAGGAUAUCGUACAAAAGGAGAAGCGAGCGGCCUCGUCGAAAACGAACAGUCCAAGAUGCCAGUCGCCCGUAUCGGGCCAUGUGACACCGGAAUUGGACUCCAAAGGGAAACCUAACGAGGAGAGGGCGGACGUCGACGCGAUAUACAAGAGUAAAAGGGGCGACAGCAAGGAGCAGUUUCACUUGGUGGUCGUGGGACACGUUGAUGCCGGAAAGAGUACGCUGCUCGGACGACUGCUCUGCGACUUGGGUCAAGUGCCACAGAGACUCAUCCAUAAGUAUCAACAGGAGAGCAAGAAGAUAGGAAAGCAAUCGUUCGCCUACGCCUGGGUACUCGACGAGACCGGCGAAGAAAGAGAGCGAGGAAUAACGAUGGACAUAGGCCACUCGAAGUUCGAAACAGACACAAAAUCUAUCACUCUCUUAGAUGCACCCGGCCACAAGGAUUUUAUUCCGAAUAUGAUAACCGGCGCCACGCAAGCGGAUGUAGCUUUGUUGGUGGUUGAUGCGACCAGGGGCGAGUUCGAAACUGGAUUUGACAGCGGAGGACAGACGCGCGAACACGCCCUGUUGCUACGCUCGUUAGGAGUGUCGCAACUAGCAGUAGUUGUUAACAAGCUGGAUACGGUAAAUUGGUCUAAGGAUAGAUUCAAUGAGAUAGUGGACAAGAUGAGCGUAUUCCUGAAGCAAGCGGGCUUCAAAGACACCGUCACCUUCGUGCCCUGCAGCGGCUUAUCCGGAGAGAAUAUUGUAACGAAACCAAAGGAGCAGCUCUCUAAUUGGUAUACCGGACCUACUUUGGUCAACGUUAUCGAUAAUUUCAAGUGCCCGGAGCGGCCUAUAAACAAACCAUUCCGUUUUUCGGUGAACGACAUAUUUAAGGGCACCGGAUCUGGUUUCUGUGUGUCUGGUCACGUUGAAACGGGCAUGGUGUCCCUGGGCGACAAGGUUUUAAUACUACCUCAAAACGAGAUCGCAGUUGUUAAAGGUCUUCAGUCGGAUGAGGUUUCGACGACAAAUGCGUUUGCUGGCGAUCACGUUGCGCUGACAUUGGCGGGGAUCGAGCAGCAAAAUGUGGGUAUCGGCGAUAUCAUCUGCAAUCCGCAGAAUCCAGUGCCCGUGACGACCUGCUUUCAAGCGCACGUUGUCAUAUUCGCGAUAGCGAAACCGAUCACGAAGGGGCUUCCAAUAGUGAUGCACCAACAGUCUUUGGUACAGCCGGCGGUUAUCACGAAAUUGAUAGUGCAACUCCAUCGCAGUACCGGCGACGUGGUCAAGAAGAAGCCGCGUUGCUUGCCGAAGAAUUCCAGCGCGAUCAUCGAGGUCGCGACGCAAACGCCAGUCUGCAUGGAGUUGUAUAAGGAUAUUAAACAGCUGGGUAGAGUUAUGUUACGAUUGGAAGGAACCACCAUUGCUGCUGGUUUGAUUACGAAAAUUUUGUAAAUUUGAUGACCUACAAACAGAAUCUCGAAUAGCGCAACGCAAUUUAUAUACACGGACAAAUUUUACUUUACAGAUCUAACAUAUAUACUU